AUGGACGACCUCACGUUGAUUCAGUCCAACCGCAGCCCGCUGACCGAAGCCGUAUACUCCUGGUCCCAGCUUCUCUCACCCCUCAUCCUCCUCAUUACUUUUAUAUUGGCCACAGCCCUUCAUGGGGUUUUUACCAGCCAGAGAGAGGAGAAUGCUUUGCAGACGGAGGCCAAGGGCCCUGGCGGCCGCCCCCUGCCUGUGACCAAGAUGCGCCGGAAUCCUGCCGUGACAGACAUCACAGAGGGUUCUUUCGGCCGCGCCUCUCGACGGACUUUCCAGGGUGCGACUACUUUGAUAGUCCUCUCGUUUCUCGCAAAUGCAGCAAACUUGGCAGUCCAGGUCAUGGCCAACGCUGACCGCCUGUUGCCAAAAACAUCCUACAUUGCUGAUAAAGCACCGCAACAAUGGUGGUGCCGGGAGGAGUCUUUUGUCUAUGUCGUCGGAACCGGUUCACUUUACGGCUAUGUGCUACUGACACUGUUCGACUGGCAGGAUAGCCCUAACUUUGUUCACUUAUUGGUUUGGUCCGUCAGCCUUGUAACUGAGAGCGUUGUCCUCGGCGCGCUCUUUGCUCGAGUUUCGGAAUCCUACACGGCUACGUCGAACGAGAACCUUACCGGGCCAGCUGGAAACGAUAUUGCCGACCUUACCAUUGGCGCUUUUCGCGUUGCUAACUUGAUCGGCGUCUUGGCUCUAUAUCUGAGUCUUGCUGGACGACGAACUUUCACCGUGGCAGAAAAGCGUGAGCAGGAGGCAGAAACCCAGCCUCAGAGCCAGUCGCAGGUUCAGAACCGUCGAAGGAGCGGAUCGCGGAGGAAUCGUGAUAAUGGCAACGACGAGACUACUCCACUCCUCGGCCAGCGUCAAACAUCACAAAAUGGAUACGUUACCAUGAACGGCAAUGGCCGCGACCGCGAGAACAGGCGCAGCAGUCAGAACGGCAUGGCUAAUGCCGCUCAGGGGCCUGUCAACGGACAGUCUGGUGGGCCAAAUCGCGAGGCUGAGGCAGCCUUCUAUCGUCCAAACAAGCUGCCACACAAGACGUGGUGGGAAUAUGCGAGAGGAUACUCGCUCUUCUUUCCUUACCUGUGGCCGCGAGACUCGAGAAACCUCCAACUGGUUGUAUUGCUCUGCUUCGUCAUUCUCAUUUUUCAGCGCAUGGUCAACGUUGUAGUGCCUAUCCAGACAGGCCGCCUUGUGGACAGCUUGCAAGAGACGCUCAAUACUGUGGACGGCCGCACCAUGCCCUGGCGAGAUCUUGCUCUGCUGAUCGGGACCAAAAUGCUGCAGGGGCAGUCGGGACUGUUGGGAUCCAUAAGAGCCAUUCUUUGGAUUCCUGUGUCCCAAUACUGCUACCGCGCGCUGACCUCGGCAGCUUUUGAACAUGUCCACUCGCUCUCUCUCGAUUUCCACCUCUCCAAAAGGACUGGCGAGGUCUUGUCCGCGCUAAAUAAGGGGGCGUCCAUCAACCAGUUUCUCGAACAGGUUACAUUCCAGGUGUUUCCCACCCUUAUCGACCUCUUUAUCGCCAUUUUUUACUUUGGCUGGUCUUUCAACAGUGUCUACGCUGUGUGCGUCUCCGUCAUGACCUUCGCAUACCUGUUCCUUACCGUGCGCAUGGCGGCCACUCGGGCGGAUCAGCGACGAGAAAUGGUCAACGCAGACAGGGAAGAGGAGGCAGUCAAGAACGACUCCAUCGUAAGCUAUGAAACGGUCAAAUACUUCAACGCCGAGGAUUUUGAGUUUAAUCGGUAUCGCCAAGCCAUCCGCAACUACCAGGCGGCCGAGGCCAAUGUCACGUGGGGCAUUAACAACAUGAACAUCUGCCAAAACCUGGUUUUCAUGGUGGGGAUGCUGCUUCUCUUGAUUAUCGGGGCUUACGACGUCGUAAUUGGUGCCAAGACGAUUGGUCAGUUUGCAAUGCUGAUCACGUACCUGGGCCAACUGCAAGGGCCGCUGAACUUCUUCGGCACGUUCUACCGGACCGUGCAACAGGCCAUGAUAUCAGGCGAGCGGCUUCUGGAGCUUUUCAAAAUCUCGCCGACAGUGGUCGACCGGCCGGGGGUUCGCCCACUUCCUCCCAGCAAAGGGCACAUCCGCUGGAACAAGGUCAAGUUCUGGUACGAUGGAAAGCGGCCGGCCUUGAAGGACAUUUCCUUUGAAUGCAAGCCGGGCACCACCACUGCUUUUGUUGGUGAAUCUGGUGGCGGCAAGUCUACCAUAUUCCGCCUCAUGUUCCGGUAUUACAACUGCCACGAGGGCAGCAUAGAGGUCGACGGCCACGACGUGAAAGAUCUCACCAUCGACUCGGUUCGGCGAGCAAUUGGAGUUGUCCCGCAAGAUACCAUUCUCUUCAAUGAGUCUAUUAUGUACAACCUGAGAUACGCCAACCAGGAUGCCACCGACGAACAAGUAUACGAGGCUUGCAAGUCUGCAAGCAUACACGACCGUAUAAUGAGCUUCCCCGAAGGCUAUAACACCAAGGUUGGCGAGCGUGGUCUUCGGUUAAGCGGUGGUGAGAAACAGCGUGUUGCGAUUGCUCGGUUGAUACUCAAGCAACCACGAAUCAUCAUGCUUGACGAGGCUACUUCGGCUCUUGAUAGUGAGACGGAGCAACAGAUCCAGUCCCAGUUGAUCAAUGGAAACCACCUGGGUCAAGACCGAACGUUGCUGAUUAUCGCGCACCGUCUCUCUACCAUCACCCACGCCGAUCAAAUCAUUGUGCUCCGGGCAGGCAUGAUCGCCGAGAAAGGCACCCACUCGGAACUCCUCAAGUUGAAUGGCAAGUACGCUUCCAUGUGGGAGAAACAGAGCAAGGCGGAGAGGGCUGCUAUGGAAGCCCGCGACGCUGCUCGACGAGCAGAAAAGCUAGCCAGGCAGGCCAAGUUUGCCAAGGCCAGUGGCAAGCAGCAGGAUCACACAGACGACAGCGAUGGCUGCUACGGCAACACCAGUGCCGGCUCAUCGACAGUCCUUCAGACAACGAAUGCAUUGUCUGAAGAAUCGUCCACGUCGGAUGAUGAUACACACACAAAGCCCCCUAAUGAUAAUAAGACAACCAAUCAACCACCCCCACCCGAUUUAUAG